AUGGCAAAGAACAUCGACUCUUUUGAACAACUUACGACCCGAAUCGGACGUCUGCGGAUGAGAAGAUGUGGCCCAAUACCAGCUUUGACUAUCUUCGUCGUUUACGCUCCAACAUCAAGCUACGAAGAAGAAGAAGUCGAAGCUUUCUAUAUGGACCUGGAGAAGUUCUACCAAGAAGAUCAUGCCUUCUACAAGGUCAUAGUUGGCGAUUUCAACGCUAAGGUUGAUGGUCGGCAGCUACACCAUUUGCGCUUUGCUGAUGACAUCGUACUGGUAACACCUAGCAUCAGCCAAGCGGAACGAAUGCUGACCGAAUUCGACGAAACAUGUGGAUGCAUCGGUCUUCAGCUGAAUCUACAAAAGACGAUGUUCAUGCGGAACGGAUGGGUCUCGGAUGCCCCAUUCAUGCUCAACGGAACGAACAUAUCCGAGUGCACCAGCUACGUUUAUCUGGGUCGGGAACUGAACAUGAUGAACGACCUGACCUCCGAGCUGGGCAGGAGGAGACGAGCGGCUUGGGGAGCGUACAAGAGCAUCGAGGAUGUAGUGAAGAAGACCAGGAACACCCGGCUCCGUGCUCACCUCUUCAACACCACCGUACUUCCUGCUUUGACCUAUGCUUCGGAAACCUGGGCAUUUCGCAAGCAGGAAGAAAACGUGGUGAGCGUCAUUGAACGCGCAAUUGAGAGAGUGAUGCUAGGAGUAUCCCGUUUCACGCAAGUGAGGGACGGGAUUCGAAGUUCUCUCCUACGUCAGCGAUCGAAGAUUAGAGACGCCGCCGCGUUUGCCAAGGAAAGUAAAAUAAGGUGGGGCGGACACGUGAUGCGCUUUAAUGACAACCGUUGGACCAGAGCCGUGAGCGACUGGGUUCCCCGCGAUAUUAAGCGCACUACAGGAAGACCGCCGACCCGAUGGUCAGAUUUCUUCACGAAGUCCUUGAGAGUAAAAUAUGAUGCUCUUCGUGUCCCACGCGAAAGGAGGAACCACUGGACUACUCUGGCACGCGAUCGGGACAAAUGGAAGAAUUACUGGCGCCCGCUCGACCAGUUCGAAGAUCAACGGGAGUCAAGGUGA